CUCUACCAAUAAAAGGAGUCCCAAGCCAAUGGACUUUGAGCCUGGAUUUAUAAAAGGAACAGAACUGAAAAGGAAGAAGGGAAAGGAAGAAUGAUCACGUCACAGGCAGAUUAAGAAAGAUGAACAGAAAACUACAGGAGGGGCCAGGAGAGGAAAGCAGCCUGAGAGAGCCUGCCUGAGAGAACUUGUGGCUUGUGAGAGGUGUCUCCCAAUCAGCCCUGCAUUCAAAAUGUGUCAUAAACUGUUCUGGGUUUAUUUGACUGAAAGCUGUACUGUGAGACAUCUAUAAUUUUGGUUUCUAACAAUGGCCCAGAUAAUUGUCCACCCCAAAACAGCUCUUGUGGAUGAGCCACUGCAUAUCCGAGUAACUGGCUUGCUCCCUUCUCAGUUGGUAAUGUUGCAGGCAUCACUGACAGAUGAAAAAGGACAGCUUUUUCUUUCUCAAGUCUUCUAUAAGGCUGACAAAAAUGGAGAGAUAGACCUGGAGCAUGCAGGAGCAAUUGGAGGGGACUAUGUUGGUAUCCAUCCUAUGGGCCUCUUAUGGUCUUUGAAACCGAAGAAGAUAUUAUCUAGGCUAUUGAAACGGGAUGUGAUAAACAGCCCCUUCUUGGUUCAUCUGGAUGUGUAUGAUUUUAUACAAUUUUUCACCAGUUCACCUGACAGUCUUAUGGCCAGUGAGACUGUGGAGCGAUGGUACUCAGCACCUGGAGUACAACGAAUCCAGAUAAAGGAAGGCCAAGUUCGAGGAGCUCUCUUCCUCCCACCAGGAGAAGGCCCUUUCCCUGGAGUAAUUGAUUUAUUUGGUGGUGUUGGUGGAUUGAUCGAGUUUCGGGCCAGUCUUUUGGCCAGUCGUGGCUUUGCUGCACUGGCCUUAGCUUACUUUGCCUAUGAUGACCUGCCCAAAGAAUUAGAUGUUGUAGAUAUUGAAUACUUUGAAGAAGCUGCUGAUAUCCUGCUGAGACAUCCCAAGGUGCUUGGUCCCAGUAUUGGGGUAGUUUCAGUGAGCCGAGGAGCACAGAUUGGAGUGGCUAUGGCAAUCUUCCUGAAGCAGGUGGCAGCCACAGUCUCCAUCAAUGGUCCAUUUUUGACAGACACGAUUAUGAUCAAGUACAAAAAUGAGAGUUUUUACUCACUUCCAUCUCCAGAAAGGAUAAGAACAAAUGAGUUGGGGAUAUUAACAUGUUAUAGUGCAUUGGGAAACCCUCAAGAAGAGGCAAAUCAGCAUGCUUUCUUGCCAGUAGAAAGGGCCCAGGGUCAUUUCCUAUUCAUUGUUGGAGAGAAGGACUAUAACGUUAAUAGCAAACCUAAUGCUGAGCAAGCAAUGGAGCAGCUGAGAAGACAUGGGAAAAACAAUGGCACCCUGCUCUCCUACCCUGGAGCAGGGCACCUCAUAGAGCCUCCCUAUUCCCCUUUAUGUGUGGCCUCAUGGAAUCCCUUUAUCCCAAGACCUGUUUGGUGGGGUGGUGAGCUCAUCCCUCAUGCCGAAGCCCAAGAACAUUCCUGGAAAGAAAUUCUGAAGUUCCUCAGACAUCACCUUACCCCAACAAGCAUCAGUAAACUGUGAGAUGAUGGAUGGAUCAAAGGUUGCCAGAGGCACAAACUGGCAG